AUGGACCUCGGCAACCGCACGACAGUGACUCAUUUCAUCCUCCUAGGGAUCCCCAAAACCGAGGGUCUCCAGACCAUCCUCUUCUUCACCUUCUUAGCCUUCUACCUCUGCACCCUGCUGGGCAACGGGGUCAUCUUCUCCGCCGUCCUCGGCGACCCCCGGCUGCACACCCCCAUGUACUUCUUCCUCUGCAACCUCGCCAUUCUGGACGUUGGCAUCUCUUCCGUCAGCUCCCCGAAAUUGCUGGCCAUCCUCUGGGGAAAGAACAAAGUCAUCUCCCUAGCGGGGUGCGUGUCCCAAGUCUUCUGCUGGCACUUCCUGGGCAGCACCGAGUGCCUGCUGUACACCAUCAUGGCUUAUGACCGCUACGUGGCCAUCUGCCACCCGCUGCGCUACCUGCUCAUCAUGAACCGCAAGGUGUGCGCCCUCCUGGCUGCCGGUGCCUGGAUCGCCAGCGCCUUCCACUCCGCCAUCCUCUCCAGCCUGACCUUCACGCUGCCCUACUGCCGGUCCAACGUGAUAGACUAUUUCCUCUGUGACAUCUUCCCCGUGGUCAAGCUGGCCUGCGCGGACACUCGCAUCAUUGAGAGUGUGGCCUUCACCAACAUCGGUCUGGUGCCCUUGACCUGCUUCCUCAUCGUGCUCAUGUCCUACGUCCGCAUCGUGUACUCCGUCCUCAAGAUGAACUCGGCCAGCGCCUGGCGCAAAGCGACCUCCACUUGCACGUCCCACCUGGCGAUGGUGACACUUUUCUUUGGACCCUGCGCCCUGAUCUACACCCAGCCCCACCUGAGCCAUGUGCUGGGACCACCCGUUCAGCUCUUCAGCAACACAGUGACGCCCAUGCUGAACCCGGCCAUCUACACGCUGCGCAACAAGGAGGUGAAAGCUGCGCUGAGAAAACUGUGGGGGGACGUCACGCCGGCACGUUGGCGUUUAACGUAA